AUGAGCGCGCUCAUACAGCUGCGCGACUCAUCUGGUAAAUUCAUACAAGCUCGUGCUUUACUUGACACUUGUGCAACAGCCAAUUUCAUUACAGAAAAUCUAACACUGAAAUUAAAACUUCCAAUGCAGACUUGCUCACUUCCCAUCGGGGCAGUUAAUGGAAUGCAAACUUUCUCUAAACACCUUAUUCAAGUAACUUGUAAAUCUCUCGAUAAUAAAUUCAAAAGACCAAUCACAUUCUUAACAGUUAACCAAAUCGCGGACAUAAGUCCAAGUGAGACCUUCCCGCGCGACAAAAUUCACUUACCUAAAAACAUUAAAUUGGCUGAUCCUCAAUUUCACAUACCACAAACAGUAGACGUCCUCAUUGGAUCGGGAAUCACUCUAUCUCUCCUGUCCAUUGGACAAAUCAACCUUUCACGAAACGAUUGCGACCUAAUCAUACAAAAAACACAACUAGGCUGGGUCGUUGCUGGGGGAAUUAACGACGACAAUAACUUGCAACCUGUAUCCUGUCAACUGACAGAUUUGUCGAGUCAAUUAACUAGGUUCUGGACGAUUGAAGACGCGGGCCCAAGGGGUUCCAGAUCCCUAGACAAUUCCCUAUGUGAACAACAUUACCAACAAUACACGACUCGUAACGCAGAAGGACGUUACGUUGUCCAACUGCCUUUCCGCAUUGAAGACGUAGAUUUUGGAAACUCGAAGAAUCAAGCUUAUCGACGAUUUCUGUCCUUGCAAAGAAGGCUAAAUGCUGACGCGCAGCUCAAGGCUGAAUACUACAAGGUCAUGCAGGAAUAUAUUGACCUUGGUCACAUGGUGCAAGUCCUAGAUGACCAUGAACCCGGGUAUUACAUGCCUCACCAUCCAGUGAUUAAGGCUUCCAGCACCACUACCAAGGUGCGCGUCGUGUUUGACGCUUCUGCCAAAUCCGAGAAGGGUAUCUCCCUGAACGACGUCUUGUUGACCGGACCCACUAUCCAAGACAAUCUCUUCACUAUUCUCCUACGUUUCCGUGUUUACGUCUAUGCUAUGACCUCAGAUAUUGCGCAGAUGUAUCGCCAAAUAUGUGUUCACUAUGACCAUCACAAAUUCCAACGAAUCCUCUACUAUCAUAACAACACUAUCAGCACUUACGAACUCCGUCGAGUUACCUUCGGUGUCUCUGCUGCACCAUUUCUAGCGACACGUACAGUGAAUCGACUUGCUGACGAUGAUGCUCACAAUUUUCCGAAGGCUUCUCAAGUUUUGAAACCAGACUUUUAUGUCGACAAUCUCUUAACUGGAGCCAACUCCCUGACUGAAAUUCUCCAAUUGCGUGAUGAGAUCAUUCAACUCGUAAGAAGGGGAGGUUUCGAGCUUAGACAAUGGGCGUCCAAUCAUCAACAUGCCCUUGACAACCUUGACGAAAGAACCCUGGACUUGGAUGGUGCAAUCAAUAACGAUCCAAUCUCAAAAACUCUUGGCAUUGCGUGGAAUUCACUCACCGAUAGCUUCAUCUACACUGUCAGUCCGAUCGAUGCCUCUCGAAAAAUAACUAAACGAACAAUUCUCUCCGAUAUCGCGAAAAUCUUCGAUCCCAUUGGUCUGCUGGGUCCGGUGGUACUAGCUGCAAAAACCAUCAUCCAACAGUGUUGGAAAUCUAAGGUCCAUUGGGACGAGGCAGUGCCACAAGAACUGCACACUCGCUGGCUCAAAUUCGGGGAACAGCUACCAUCCAUCAGGGACUUUUCUAUCGAGCGCAAUCUCAUACUUCCUGAUCCAACUGAGAUUGAGCUACACGGCUUCUGUGACGCAAGCCAGGUUGGCUAUGGUGCUUGUCUAUAUGUAAGAUCAACGGACCAACAGGGACAAAUGAUUGUCCGGUUGGCGUGCUCAAAAACGAGAGUCGCCCCAAUCAAGGAUAUGACUAUUCCGAAGCUAGAACUGUGUGGUGCACAGCUACUCUCACGCUUGUAUCGAGACGCACUACCGGCCUUUGAUUUCCCCAUAUCGCAAACUAUCUUCUGGUCUGACUCUACUAUUGUCCUCCAAUGGCUCAAAAGAUCGCCCGAGUCUCUCAAGGUCUUUGAAGCCAAUCGCGUCACAGAAAUCCAGUCUCUUGGAAACAAAAUCGAAUGGAGACAUGUCCGUACCAAGGACAAUCCGGCUGAUUGCUUAUCCAGAGGUCAACUACCCUCUGAGUUCCUGACCAAUCAAAUGUGGUUCGAGGGCCCUUCAUGGCUCACACAAAACCAUGAUAAGUGGCCCACUCCCAUUCAAUUGACCCUAUCGGAACUUCCCGGUGUUAGGAAAAACACCUGUUUGUCAUCCACCACCUCGGAUAUCUUUCAACGUUUUUCUUCUUACUCAACUCUCGUGAAUUCUCUCGCUUAUUGUCUGCGCAUGCGCAACUCCAGUGAAUUUAAACACAAACUCUUGAGCGUCGAGGAGAGAGCGUUGACUAAACUGAGAAUCCUAACUCUGAUUCAAAAUGAACAAUUCCACGACGAAAUUGAACAGAUCAAGGAAACUGGCGAGACGAAAAACCUACGACUUCGAUGUCUCAAUCCAUUUCUAGACCAACAGGGUCUGCUUCGAGUUGGCGGACGUCUGAAACACGCACCUAUCUCUUUCACCAAAAAAUACCCGAUUCUGUUGCCUUCUCAUCGUCAUGUCACUGAUCUAAUCAUUCGUGAAACUCAUAAGAAUGCAUUCCAUUCCGGUAUCCAGAGCACACUCUCAAAUCUUCGACACCGAUUCUGGCUGCUAGAUGGAAAGGGGCAAGUACGACGAAUUGUCCGACGAUGUGUCGAAUGUGUUCGACAUCGUCCCGUGUUACUGCACGGAAAGAUGGCAGACCUGCCCAGUGCACGAGUCACGGAUUCAGCCGCAUUCUCACAUGCGGGUGUAGAUUGUUUCGGACCCUUAUUCAUCAAAGAACGAAAAUUCAGAAAUCGAACCAAGAUCAAGUCAUACGGGUGUGUAUUCGUUUGCAUGGCGACAAAGGCCGUACAUCUCGAAAUCGUAAGCGAUCUGACCACCGACGGGUUCCUGGGUGCCUUCGGACGGUUCAUUGGACGUCAAGGUGUCCCGUCUCAUGUUCAUUCGGACAACGGUACCAAUUUUGUGGGCGCGAAUAACCAACUACGAGAACUUUACUCCUUAUUCACCUCCCAAUCGCAUCAUGACCAAGUAAACGAGUAUGCUGUGAGGAAAAACAUUACUUGGCACUUCAACCCUCCACUUUCCCCUCACUUUGGGGGCAUUUGGGAAGCGGCUGUGAAGUCAUUUAAGCAUCACUUCAAACGAGUGGUGAAAGAACAACUUCUUACCUUUGAGAAAUUAAAUUCCUUAGCCAUACAAAUUGAAUCCAUACUUAAUUCUCGACCUCUAUGCUCAUUAUCUAGUGAUCCUAACGAUCCUAUUGCUCUGACACCUGCCCAUAUCUUAAUAGGGCGUCCUCUCACCAUGCUACCUGAAGAUGAUUUUUCUGAUGUCCCAGAUAACCGACUCAGCGCGUGGCAAUUCAUUACCAAGGCCAGACAGGACUUUUGGAAGCGCUGGUACUUGGAGUAUCUCCACGAGCUCCAAAUCCGCCAGAAAUGGCAUUCUUCCCAGGGUGAACUCACAACCAACCAGAUAGUACUACUCAUGGACAAAAACCAACCAUGUAUGCGGUGGCAAUUGGGGGUGGUGGUCGAAAUCCAUCCAGGGGAUGAUGGAGUGGCACGAGUCGCCACUGUCAGAACAGCACAAGGGUUGUUCAAACGAAACGUCACUUUGUUGUGUCCUUUACCAAUUAAUUCUUGA